AUGGACAAGCCUCGACUUUCAGACACCAUCCCCAAAGACGAAAACAAAAACUUGCCGACGAUGCGCUUCGCGAUCAACCUGAUAGCUCUAUGUUUCGCGCUCGUGGGCGUGAACACCGAAGCAGUGCAAGACGGAUGUCCCAAGGAGGACUACGCAUGUCUGGAUGUAAUCAACUCCAGCCAGUGCAUCGAGCAACUCGUCAUCGAACACCAGGCGCCCGUCACUAAGGAGGCGAUGGUGAAAUGUGUGGAGUAUGAAGGCACUGCGACCAACAUGCCAGGAGCAUCGAAGUCAAGACCAACGGGCUAA